CUUUUAACCUCUCGUUUCGCCAUUAUCUCUUACACUGUUACUCUCUCCCUCCCUCCCUCUCUCUCUCUUUCUUCUUCUGCAUCUCGACAUCAUCCUUCUACCAUGGCUGAUGCAUAUGAGCCUUAUCAUGUUCUUCAACAAAGCCGUCGAGACAAGCUUCGGAUUCCCUCUCUUGAUUCCCACUUUCACUUCCACCCUCCUCCUCCUCCUCCCUCUUCUUCAUCCGGCGGCGGUGGCGGGGCCGGUGGCGUCUUUCCUCUCGCCGAUUCCGAUUUCCUCGCAGCCGGUGGCUUUCACUCCAACAACAACAACAACCACAUGUCCAACCCUAGCUACAGUAAUUUCAUGGGAUUUCUCGGUGGCCCUUCUUCCUCUUCAUCCACCGCAGUCGCCGUUGCCGGAGAUCAUUCUUUUAACGCCGGUCUUUCUUCCGGAGACGUUCUUGUCUUCAAACCCGAGCCUCUAUCUCUAUCUUUGUCGUCUCACCCUAGACUUGCUUACGAUCUACUCGUUCCCGGCGUUGUCAACUCUGGAUUCUGUAGAUCUGCCGGCGAUGCCAACGCCGGUGCCGUCACCGUUGCGUCUAGAAGCUCCGGCCCUCUUGGACCUUUCACUGGAUACGCAUCGAUUCUUAAAGGAUCAAGGUUCUUGAAACCAGCACAGAUGCUUCUUGAUGAGUUCUGUAAUGUGGGUCGUGGGAUUUACACCGACAAAGUCAUCGACGACGAUGAUUCUUCCCUGCUUUUUGAUCCGACGGUUGAGAAUCUCUGCGGUGUUUCUGAUGGCGGCGGAGAUAAUGGAAAGAAAAAAUCAAAACUCAUUUCCAUGCUUGACGAGGUUUACAAGAGGUAUAAGCAAUACUAUGAGCAGCUACAAGCUGUGAUGGGAUCAUUCGAAUGCGUUGCAGGUCUUGGGCACGCUGCUCCGUACGCAACCUUAGCCUUAAAAGCACUGUCUAAGCAUUUCAAGUGUUUGAAGAAUGCUAUAACGGACCAGCUUCAGUUCAGCCACGACAACAAGAUACAACAACAACAAUGUGGUCAUCCGAUGAACUCCGAGAAUAAGACUGAUUCUUUGAGAUUUGGAGGAAGUGAUAGCUCUAGAGGCUUCUGUUCUGCUGGUCAAAGACAUGGAUUCCCUGAUCAUCAUGCUCCUGUUUGGAGACCGCACCGUGGCCUACCUGAACGUGCCGUUACUGUUCUAAGGGCUUGGCUCUUUGAUCAUUUCUUGCAUCCUUAUCCAACUGAUACAGACAAACUCAUGCUGGCUAAGCAGACAGGUCUCUCCAGAAAUCAGGUAUCGAAUUGGUUCAUAAACGCACGAGUUAGGGUUUGGAAACCGAUGGUGGAAGAGAUUCACAUGCUGGAGACUCGACAAACUCAGAGAUCUUCUUCUUCUUCUUGGAGAGACGAACGUAGCAGCACCACUGUCUUCCCUGACAACACCAACAACAACAACAACCCUUCUUCCUCCGCAGCACAUCAAAGAGCUAACAACUCAUCUCCGGCUAGAAGGGCUCGAAACGACGACGUUCACGGCACCACCGACAACAACAGCUAUGUGAACACUGGGAGCGGCAACGCGGUUGGCUUCUCCUACGGAAUUGGGUCGUCAAAUGUUCCGGUGAUGAGUAACAGCACAAACGGAGGAGUGUCGUUGACGUUAGGGCUUCAUCAUCAGAUUGGUUUGCCGGAGCCGUUUCCGAUGACAACUGCUCAGAGGUUCGGGCUUGACGGUGGUAGCGGCGACGGUGGUGGUCAUGGUGGCGGUGGGUAUGAAGGACAAAAUCGUCAGUUUGGGAGAGAUUUUAUUGGUGGUAGUAAUCAUCAGUUUCUACAUGAUUUUGUAGGAUGAGAUCAUUUGUGUGGGAAGAGAAAAAAAAAAGAAUAUGUUUGACGUUCGGGUAUGUAUGAGAUAUAUAUGGGGGAAUUGUAAUGCAUAUGAAUGUGUAUAUUAGAAUGUUUUCAAUUUUUUUGUUUCCUUUGACAAAUGCAAUCUUUCUGAUGAGGCAUGAAA